AUGAAGUUUGCGGGCAUUCUCAACCUACUUUUGAUUGUGGACCUAUUUCCCACUAUCCGAGGAGCUCAUUUUCGCUUCACCAACAUAGAUUGCUGCAGUCUGGACUCGGAGUUUGUGGAGGUCAAGGAGUGUAACUUGAAGAUGGUGCGCAGAAAUGUCGUGGGCAUGAAUUUUCACAUAGCGUUAAAAUGCGACAAGCCCAUCGAUAAAAUUCAGUUCAACCUAAGCAUAUUUCGCAAGUCGAAUGUAUUCAGGUUGUUUUUGGUAAAUCACACCAUCGACUUUUGUUAUUAUAUGCGCAGACCAGAGAAAUAUCCGAUAUUCUAUAUGUUCCAUGAAUCCCUUAUGGCGGCCACAAAUGCCAAUCACACCUGCCCAUAUCUUGAAAAAGAUAUAUAUGUGAAGAAAAUGAUAUUCAACGAACAGACGCUGAAGCACCUGCAUACCAUUUUACCUGAAGGCGAAUACAAAAUGGUUGUUUCGGUGGGCGGUUUUGGAGUCUGGCGAUUACAGGUUAAUGUAUACGGUCGACGUGGUUAA